AUGGCACUUAUGAAGCUCGGUUCUGGAAACACAGGAGACAGCUGGAGCAAAGAGCCCACAUCAAAGUCUGUGGCACUGACAGACGAGAAGGGAGAGAGGAGAGAGGAGGGAGCCAGGACAACUGGAGACCACUGGGUUCCAAAGUUUUCUUUUAGGAUUCUGCGAACGGGUCGGUGUGAUGGCCGAGGGCGGCGUUCGGACAGAUGGGAGGUCAAGCGAUGUACUGUCAGCGCGCAGGUCAACACCAACAACUCCAGUCAGAGAGGGUGUAUCCAGAGGCGAGCAACUGAAAAGUGGCUCUGUCGACUGGAAAAAGGAUCGUGGAGAGAGGAAAAACAAGAUUCUCUGGGUUCAGGGUUGCUAGACAGUCCUCUCCACCACCACAUCGGCCCCACUCCCCACCACAUCGGCCCCACUCCCCACCAUAUCGGCCCCACUCCCCACCACAUCGACCUCCCUCAACUGCGAUCUUGA